AUGGACACCCGUCUCCGUGUGAUUGGUGAUCCCAUGAAUGAAGUUCAACGGGUUAAAAUUCACACAAAUUGCUUUGUCCCAGUUGUGUUCCCAGUUCGACUGGCACACAAGAUUGACUUGAGUAAGUGCGUGGUGUUAUUGACGCAUCCAUCAUUUGAAGUGGAUAAUGAUAAAAGAAGAAGAUCAAAUUGGCGUUGUGGUCGUGGUUCGGAGGAAUGGGAAGUGCAGGAAGCUUGUAGGGCCGUUUCAAGUUAUCUUGGAGAAUUGGGAGUGUCGUUGGAGGAUUCGGUGUGGAUGGCGUCAAAGUCACCGGAGUACGUGAAGAUGUUGGUGGAAGGUGUGAGGGAUUUGGAGCAGUGGCAUGAGUGGGAUGCAGGCCUAAGCUUCAGGGACAAGAUUCUUCAUAUCGCCCCUCAAAAAGGGGACAAGGGCAAAGUUGCCUACUUAGAGACUCUGGGCUUCUCUCUCUCUUCCUCUAUGAACAUCGCCAGAUAUUUCUCCGCUGACACUCUCACCCUUCCAUCUCUCAUGCACAAGAUGGACCUGGCUGAUAAAGAUUAUGCUAAGCUGUUGCUAAAAUAUCCCUGGCUUCUAUCUACAAGUAUUCAAGACAACAGUGCUAAAUUCAAUAUCAGCUAUGCUCCACAGUCCAAAUGCAUUAAGAAAACGAGAAUGCAGAAGAGAGUUGACGCUUGUAUGGAGUAAUAAUACCAAUUCUUCCACCAACAAAUUCAGCUGGGUACCUUAGGAGACAUUCACCGUUUUGUAAGCAAGCAUCAUCACAGAAAGGUAAGAGAAACAGACAGUAAAUUUGAACCUUUUCUUGAAAAACCUUAGUACUUCAACUGCAGCAUCUGCUUCCUGUUCAUUACAAAGCGACAUUACACCAGAGUUUUUUCCCUGAAUCUCCUGGCCAUCAAUGAUAUCAUAGAAUACAUAUGGCCCAAGACCCUUGGUUUGAUGAAAUGGUGCUGAUUUGUUAGACAUUUGGUUGCCAUUCAGUAAUUUGUUGUCAUAGAAAUGCAAUGAAGGGAACUUGCAAAUCUCUGGAUGCAUUCUAUGAUGCCAUUAUGAGAAAAACCAUAGAGGGAUUCAGCUUUAAAUCAUAAAACAGGACAAUGUAAACAUAUAACACUCCAAGCCUACCAAAACACACGUUUAUAUAUCUUAAGAUUUAAGAAUAUUAUAGAGUAUGUUAGAAAUCA